AUGCUUUAUAUAUCAACCGCCAACUGUGGAAAGGCUCAUGAAACGGAUAUUUUCGGUCUUUGCGUAUCCAAUCCCUACACUGCAACUGUUUCCGGCGACGGAUUUCUCAAAUUGUGGCAAAAUAGGUUGAUGGAGGGCUCCAAGCCCAAAGAACAUGUGUUAACCAAGUUUGUUCAUAAGACGGGACUUCACCAUGUUGAUACGUUUCAUUCGUUCGAACAAGGGGGUCUAGAAGUGUUUUUGGCGGCUUGUGUUUCAUUUUCAGGCCAGCUUUUCCUGUACAGCGUGAAUCCUACUACUGGAGAAUUUGAAGAGCUCGACCUUUUGUCCAAGAACGAAAAGCAGAAGUCGUUUUGGUGUGUGAAGUUCUUCAAAAGCGACGACCGAACUGUAUCCCACAAACUGGUUGUGACUGACGUGAAAGGGGGUACUUUCGUGUGGGAUUUAACGCUUUUUAGACAAAAUGAACAAGAUCAAGACCAAAACCAAGAUGACGCUGAUGUAGGCGAAAAAGACGUUCACCUCGUGUUUCUCGGUGAGAUCUCAGCAACUGAACCUAAAUUUGCUACAAGCGUUGAUGUGUCAGUCAAAGGUACUGUUGCAACCGGUUUUCAAGAUGGGAGUGUUGUCGUUUCGCAACUUCAGACGUUGAGACCAAUUUACAAUUUUGAAGGAUUCGGCAUCAAAGGCACCGAAGCGAGUAGUGGAACUGUGAGAGACGUCAAAUUCUCGCCCUUGGGUGGUCUACUGGCUGUGGCGAACGAUUCAGGAUCUUAUGGGUCCGUAACACUUUAUGAGACUCAAUACGGCGAACGUGUUGGAAACCUGACAGUCCCCACCCACAGCAGCCAAAACAGUAUUGCUAGCUUCACUCACGACGGCUGGGUCUUCGGUGUAAGCUUCAACAGCACUGGUGAAUUUUUGGCAACGUGCGGCUAUGACGGUAAAGUGCGCGUUUGGGAUGUCAAACAAAGAGAACGUGUCAGCACGCUCAAUAUAAGCGCAGAGGAUAUUGAACAAGAAGAAGAUAUUGUAUCGCAGGACGAGCAUGGCGAUUCCCUCAAGACGCCGCCGGUAAUGGGAGUUUCUUUCAUAGAUAAAGGUGUUCGUGGUGGAAUUGGUGGUGACACCAACGAGGGACUUACAUGCGUGUGCUUAGAUCGAAGUGUGCGUUGGUUUAGAGAAGCUGGCGGUGUAUGA